AUGAACUUCCAGGCGGGCGGGGGACAGAGCCCGCAGCAGCAGCAGAGCCUGGCGGCGCCGGGAGGCAGCGGCGGCGGCGGCGCGGGGGGCGGCGGGCAGUUCGGCGGCGCAGGGCCGGGGGCCGGGGGCGGCGGCGGCCCCUCGCAGCAGCUGGCCGGCGGGCCCCCCCAGCAGUUCGCGCUCUCCAACUCGGCGGCCAUCCGGGCCGAGAUCCAGCGCUUCGAGUCCGUGCAUCCCAAUAUCUACGCCAUCUACGACCUGAUCGAGCGCAUCGAGGACCUGGCGCUGCAGAAUCAGAUCCGGGAGCACGUCAUCUCCAUCGAGGACUCCUUUGUGAACAGCCAGGAGUGGACCCUGAGCCGCUCAGUGCCGGAGCUUAAAGUGGGCAUUGUAGGGAACCUGUCUAGUGGGAAGUCGGCCCUGGUGCACCGCUAUCUGACGGGGACCUAUGUCCAGGAGGAGUCCCCUGAAGGGGGUCGGUUUAAGAAGGAGAUUGUGGUGGAUGGCCAGAGUUACCUGCUACUGAUCCGAGAUGAAGGAGGCCCCCCCGAGCUCCAGUUUGCUGCCUGGGUGGACGCAGUGGUGUUUGUGUUCAGCCUGGAGGAUGAGAUCAGCUUCCAGACGGUGUACAACUACUUCCUGCGCCUCUGCAGCUUCCGCAACACCAGCGAGGUGCCCAUGGUGCUGGUGGGCACACAGGACGCCAUCAGUGCCGCGAACCCGCGGGUCAUCGAUGACAGCCGGGCCCGCAAGCUGUCCACAGACUUGAAGCGAUGCACCUACUACGAGACGUGUGCCACCUACGGGCUCAACGUGGAGCGCGUCUUCCAGGACGUGGCCCAGAAGGUAGUGGCCUUGCGGAAGAAGCAGCAGCUGGCCAUCGGGCCCUGCAAGUCACUGCCCAACUCCCCCAGCCACUCGGCCGUGUCCGCCGCCUCCAUCCCGGCCGUACACAUCAACCAGGCCACGAAUGGCGGCAGCAGCGCCUUCAGCGACUACUCGGCCUCAGUCCCCUCCACGCCCAGCAUCAGCCAGCGGGAGCUGCGCGUGGAGACCAUCGCUGCCUCCUCCACCCCCACACCCAUCCGCAAGCAGUCCAAGCGGCGCUCCAACAUCUUCACGUCUCGAAAGGGUGCCGACUUGGACCGGGAGAAGAAGGCAGCCGAGUGCAAGGUGGACAGCAUCGGGAGCGGUCGGGCCAUCCCCAUCAAACAGGGCAUCCUGCUCAAGCGGAGUGGCAAGUCCCUGAACAAGGAAUGGAAGAAGAAGUAUGUGACCCUGUGUGACAACGGGCUGCUCACCUACCACCCCAGCCUGCACGACUACAUGCAGAACAUCCACGGCAAGGAGAUCGACCUGCUGCGGACCACUGUCAAGGUGCCCGGGAAGCGCCUGCCGCGAGCCACGCCGGCCACAGCCCCUGGCACCAGCCCCCGGGCCAACGGGCUGGCCUUGGAGCGGAGUAGCACGCAGCUGGGCGGGGGCACAGGUACCCCCCACCCGGCUGGCAGCCCAGCCUGGGCCGGUCCACGUCCCGAGGGGCUGCACCAGCGCGCCUGCUCUGUGUCCAGUGCUGACCCGUGGACUGAGGCCGCUGCCCUGCCCCCAGCCAGUGGCCCCGCUGAGGUGCUCAGCUCCAGCCCCAAGCUGGAGCCCCCCCCAUCUCCCCACUCCAACCGGAAGAAGCACCGGAGGAAAAAGAGCACCGGGACCCCCCGACCAGACGGCCCCAGCAGUGCUGCUGAAGAGGCCGAGGAGUCGUUCGAGUUCGUGGUGGUGUCCCUCACCGGGCAGACGUGGCACUUCGAGGCCUCGACGGCCGAGGAGCGGGAGCUGUGGGUGCAGAGUGUGCAGGCCCAGAUCCUCGCCAGCCUGCAGGGCUGCCGCAGCGCCAAGGACAAGACUCGACUGGGGAACCAGAACGCAGCUCUGGCCGUGCAGGCCGUGCGCACCGUCCGGGGCAACAGCUUCUGUAUUGACUGCGACGCCCCCAAUCCAGACUGGGCCAGCCUGAACCUGGGCGCGCUCAUGUGCAUCGAGUGCUCUGGGACGCACCGGCAUUUGGGAGCUCACCUUUCCCGGGUCCGUUCACUUGACCUCGACGACUGGCCACCUGAGCUGCUGGCCGUCAUGACCGCCAUGGGCAACGCCCUGGCCAACAGCGUCUGGGAGGGGGCCCUGGAUGGCUAUGCUAAACCGGGGCCCGACGCCUGCAGAGAGGAGAAGGAGCGCUGGAUCCGGGCCAAGUAUGAGCAGAAGCUCUUCCUGGCCCCACUGCCCAGCUCGGACGUGCCGCUGGGCCAGCAGCUGCUCCGGGCGGUGGUGGAGGACGACCUGCGGCUGCUGGUGACACUCCUGGCGCACGGGUCCAAGGAGGAGGUGAACGAGACCUACGGUGACGGGGACGGGCGGACGGCCCUGCACCUGUCCAGCGCCAUGGCCAAUGUGGUCUUCACGCAGCUGCUUAUCUGGUACGGGGUGGACGUGCGGAGCCGGGAUGCCCGCGGCCUGACCCCGCUGGCCUACGCUCGCCGCGCCGGCAGCCAGGAGUGUGCCGACAUCCUCAUCCAGCACGGCUGCCCCGGGGAGGGCUGCGGCGUGACCCCUGCCCCCAGCAGAGAGCCGGCCAAUGGCACUAGCACCUCCGCCGAGCUGCACCGCAGCCCCAGCCUCCUGUGAGCCCCGGGAGGAGGCUGGAGGGGCCAGGACUGGCGCCGGGGCACGGGCACCCACCUCCCUCCAGGCCCUGGGGGAGACGAGAGACACAGAGGCUGAGACCCAAGGACCCGGGAAGAGUCUGGGAGGAGAGCCAGACGGGAAGGUCAGAGGAGACGCCCGGGACUCCAGCCACUGCAGGUGUUUGGCCCCUGCCCGGCCGGCGCUGCUGCAAAGGGACAGGACGCUUUGGGGGUGCUGUGAGAGGAGGGGAGCAGGACCUCGCCCUCCUCCAGGUUCCCGCCUUCUCGUGCCAGCCCCUCGUAGGGCCCCCGACCCAGAGACGGGAGCCUGGGUGGGCCAGAGGUCCCAUGUAAAUGUGUACAUUGCAAUAUUUAUGUUUGUGUACAUACUUGGUGUGUGUGUGUGAUGAGCCAAUAAACCAGACCGUGUGUGGGGGGGGACUGGCUGUGGCCUUUCAUCUCCCCACCCUUCUGAGAAAA